CUGUUUCUAGUGAGGCGUGUCAGUGUACACGGAGCGGUGUGUGUGUGUGUGUCCGUGUCCGGUGUGUGUAACAUGAAGGACAGGUCCGAGCCCUCCGUUCUCCAUCAGAAAUGACCAAACUCCCUCCGUCACUUUUGCGCGGCGGCAGAUAAGGAACCACGCGAUAUUUAAAGAACACGCCUGUAGCUUCGUGCCGCUGUUAGCUGCUGCGUUGUUAUGUCGUGUGUCGCCUGUAGCUUCUGUGUGUGUCUGUGACUACAGACUGUGGGUGUCCGCGUCAGUGAUGCGGUUCAACGAGAAGGAGCUGGUGUUUCUGAGCCGGCAGCCGUCAGAGAAGGCAGCUGAGCUGGGGAUGAGAGGACCCAAGAAAGGAGACGUUGUAAAGAGGAGGCUGGUGAAGCUCGUAGUCAACUUCCUCUUUUACUUCCGGACUGAUGAGGAGGAGCCGAUUGGAGCUCUGCUGCUGGAGCAGUGCAGGGUGGAGAGAGAGGACAGUCAGAGCUUCUCCUUGGCUUUCCUGGAUGAAGCAGAGAGGAAGUAUCUGUUCGAGUGUGACUCAGAGGAACAGUGUGGGGAGUGGGUCGACUCCAUCAUCAAAGCCAGUUACGAGUUCAUGAGGAAGAAUCUGGUAUUUUAUCGAACUGAAAUCCACAGGCUCACUGGCAAGGACCCCCUGGAGCAGUAUGGUAUAUCAGAUGAGACGCGCUUCCAGGUCAGCAACGGGCUGCAACUUACGCCUGGUGACAGCUCCUCCCUGUAGACCAGCGUUCCGCCAUUCCAAAUCCUAGUCCUUACUCAUUUGAAAGCCAUGGCAUUACUGUGCACACUCUAGACUUUUAGAAUUUCAAUGCUUUGAUUAUGUUUAGUGUUGCUCGAUACUUCUGGCAGGGUGUCUGAUAAUCAACUACUUCUCUUCUGUCAUUGCUGGUCAUUACAGGUAACACAGGGCUUGGGUAAAAUCAACGCUGUCUUAUUUUUUCUGUUUAAGGGACUGUUCUUGCCACUUCAUCUUCAGACCUCUGCCUUGGUUAAUCAGUUAAAUGUAUAAAAUGUGUUUUUAUACUGUGUCUACUACUGGACAAGCUGAACAUUCAUGUUAUCGGAUCUAUUCUGAUCAUACUUGUCUUGUACAGACGGGACUGUGACUUUCUAUCAGGACUAUUUGUGAAAUUAGCUUGACUGAGAAUCAGUUCAGGAUGUUAAUGCACACUGUUGAAGAAGUGCAUGGCCAAUUCAGAAAAAAACCUUAGGCAGUCUUCACUGUCUUAAUUUGAACUGCAUGAGCCAUUUGAUCUGCUCAGUUGAGCCACACAUUUUACUCCAACACUCCAGUAUGUAUUUAUGAGCCAGCCCAUAUAGAAUAUUUAGUUUAAAAAAAACUAUAAUUUUGCACAUAUUACUUAACUUGGUUUUAAGGUUUUUUUAUGAUUAGAAUUUCAUUAAUUUACUUGAACCUACUGUACCUUUUCUGUGGCACUUUGAUUGUUUUAGAUAAGCUGUUGGACCACGCUGAGAAACAAGGCUCUUGACAUGAUUUUAAAAAUAUAUUAUUUCUUUUUGUCAGUGUAGUGUAAUCAUGAGCUCUAAUUUAGCUCUCAACCACAUUUCACUGCAGGCCAUUGCUGUAUCCUGCAGAUAGGUGAAAUAUUGACUUCACCAGUCAACAGUCUUAACCACAAACAGGAUAUGUCAUUAAAUGUGUCUCCAGUUUUAAAACCUUUUGCACAUGGAAUGUCUUCAUUCUGUUUUUACUUCAUGUUAGACUGUUUGUUUCUUCCUAUUAUUUUAUUUUUUUUAAUUAAUAAAGCCAUUUGAAAGCUACUGUAAA